UGCCCAGCAGUGAUGGGUCCCACGAGUCUUCACAUUUUCAUCAUUCUACUCGGAUUAUUCCUUUUCUUUUUCCAAUCUACAUCAGCGGUAAAGGUUGAAAACUUUACCCUAUUUGAACAGAAGCUGAAGCUGGAGGCGCAUACAACCAAUAUAAUUCCCUGUAUGUUUCACACACGGCGCCACCUCAACCCACUAAAAGUCCAACUGGAAUGGGGCAAAAUGAAUAAGGAAGGUUAUGUGCCCCUCAUAAACCUGGAUGGAUUCCAUGUGAGAAAGGCAUCGGCUGAUUUUGGGGAUAAAUACCAGCUAUUUAAAUCCCAGGUGUCAGAAGGGAACUGCUCUCUGGUGAUAGAUCCCACGGAUGUUUCAGACAGCGGCAUUUAUCAGGUUCGGCUGAUGAUUCUAGGAAAGCUGCACGAGCCGGUUCCAUCUAUAGAGAUUCAGGUUGUCAAUCAGCGCAAAGUUGAGUCCCGGGCAUGGUUUAAGAAAAAGACAACUCCACCACCAACCACUACCACAACACUACCACCAGACUUUAUAAUCAACGUCCAAAAUAGACUUAAGAAAACUGAGAAGAUGGUGCUUAUAGAGAUUGUAGCCACUGGGGUGUUUUAUGUUGUAGCCUCAGUGGUAGGAGUCCUUGUAUUUAUUAUGUUUAGGCAGAAAAACCCCACUGGUGAUGAGGAGAACCCACCACAAAAGGGUAAAAAAAGGAAACCUAAAGGAAAGAAGGAACCAUCUGACGAGAGUGAGGAAAGCUCUAGUGAGUCAGAGGAAAGCUCUUCUAGUUAGAGAGCUAGAAUAGGAGAGACUGGGCAUCAUUUGAUGAUGUGGGAGGGAGGAAGGGCCAGUCCAUUAAGAGAAUUUAGAAGCUUCACUGAAGAAGAAGAAAGCCCAGUAACUUAAACAACUUCUCAUCUGAAGGGAAGAAGAGACAGAAGAACCAAUCAAAUCAGAAAAUAAGAGCCAACAAGUUUAAGAAAUUUUAAGAAUCAGUUGGAGCAUUAAAUACACCGAAAGAGUAAUCAUCUAAUGAGCUCGGAGAGAAUGAAGAGAUAUCAUUAGAUGAUGAG